AUGCUGCGCCGGCCAGCCUCUAGCGCGUAGCGGUCUUGACCGACUCCGCGAUGCUGUCGCACCUCCGACUCCAUCGGCGUGCGCCAUCCAAUCCUCCGCCGUCCCAGCCGGACCGAGAGCAGUCGUCCGCGUCGGUGUUGGACCCGGCCGCGCAACUCGAGCACCCGCAGUCGGCCCACGAUGUCUCACAACCGGCACCGCACCCAGAUGCACGCCCUGACAGCCUCUCACAGCUGCCGCCGACGCUGCCACCGAUUGCCCGAGUGACUUCCGCCGACUCCGAAUUCUCAAUUGCCCCGCGCGACGAUGCACCGCCACCGCCAUCCCUCGAUUCUGGCAGGCCCCCCGCCCGUCCCGCGUACGACGAGGACUCCAAGACUGGCUUCAUUGGCGGGGUGGCCCUGCAAAAAAUGACAGAAAAAGAGUCUUUGCGCUCCUCCGAUACUGCAUCAGCAACGGCAAGCCAACUUCCGGGAAGCCAGCUCUCGCGGUCGAAACCUCCCCCGCCCCCCAUCAACACCGGGUUUAAGCAAACCAGGUCUCCGUGGUUCUCCGUGCCUGCCGACCCUCGAGCGCCUGGGGGCAACUUUGCCAAGCGUCAUGACGAAGCAGUACUGGGGCCGGUCGCGGAAACGCAAAAGGGAAGAAAGGGCCUGCCGUUUCUCAAGAACCCCAUGUCGUCUUUGUUGAUGCGGAGGAAGACGGCCCAAGCCGUCGGCGAGACCGAGCUCCCUGUGCCCAGCUACGACCCGCGCAUCAGGGGGACGAGGGUGCAUGACUUCAGUGCGCCGCGGCCGAAGAAGGCAGUCUCGAGUGAUGGCACGACCUCAACAGUGACAGUGAACACAUCAGUUGGCGGUGGCGCGUCCUCUGCCGGUCCCACUCCUACAUCCUCUGGACCGGAUCGUUCCACAGAACUUGAAGACCAGGGACGCGACACGCAAGUGAGAAGGACCACUUCUUUGGGCGACGACAGACCAGAACAACCUCUCCCGCAGGUCCCGCCCAAAGAUGAGUCCGGCAGCAGCCUGCGCACCUCGUCAUCUGCCGCUUCCAAAGGCAUGCCGGUAGCAAGCUUGCCAUCGCUUGCCUCAGCCUCGGUGCGAACGACCGCGUCUCGCCAGCUGUCCUUGUCGGGGACAUCGAGGCGGGAUUCCGUCGCGUCGGCCGUCCCGAAACACAUGAAGAGCACGUCGUCGAGGUUCAGCUUCGACAUGAUCGGUGCCGCCAAGCAAGAGAAGCUUCUGGAAGAACGGCACAGACAACGGGAACAGGAGAAGAAGCCGCUGGAUGACCAGCGACAUAGCGAUGAGAGGUUCGAGGAUUUCGACGAGGACUUCGACUACGAUGCUAUGAUGGAUGAUGACGGCCUGGAGGAGAGGAUCCCGGGCGUCAACGCCGACUACGACGACGAGGAAGACCUCGAGGCCGCCAUGGACCCGGACAACGACCAGGAGAACUUUGCCGGCUUCGUGUUCCAGCGCUCGAACCCUGCAUCGUCGCUCGCCACUCCGCACACACCGGCCAUGUUGGCGACCCCGCGAGAUGCUAACGGCCGGGUCAUUGGCUUUGCCAUGACCAAAGACACCACUCCUGAGCUGCCGAGCGCCGAUUCGCCCAAGAUUCCAAACCCCCUCUCUGCCCCCAAACCGGACGACGUCUCGGGCCUUGGCAUUCAGGGCGAAGGAGACGGCCUUACAAACGAGCCUCGGGGGUCAUUGUUCCGGCCCAGCCAGUCGGCCGCCGCCCCGAGCACCCAGCCGCCACCGCAGGCUCUGAAUGACGACCUUUAUUUCGAUGACGGAUUGGCCGACGAGCUUGACUUCGAGCACGACGGCACCGUCUUCGACGAGUCCAUAUUCGACAACCAGGACACCGACCAGUUCGGUCGGCCGAUCCCGGGCGCCUUCGCGCAGGCCAAGGAGGCGAUGAUGGCCGCUCAGCAACAGCAGCAGGCUGGCAAGCGCGACUCUGACAGGACAUCAAGCGCAUCAGCGCAGUCGGCAGCUGUUCUUUCGACGGGCCAUACCUCGCUCAGCGCCGGCCCUCAACCACUCCCUUGCCAUCAAGAGAACGCAGAGCGCUUGUCCAAGCCUGCAUCCGCCGAGCCGGUGCCCCUCGCAAACAUCCCGAGCCAGGAGUUAGCAUACCAGGCCGCCCUCGCCGAAGCCGCCCAGAAAGCGGCAGCGUCGGGGAAGUUCCGACGGAGCUCUUCCCCCAACGUACUGGCCGGGAUUUCCAGCACGCACACAACUGAUGCGGCCGGGCCCGACGACGCCGACAAGGACGCAUAUCUCGAUGACUACGACGAUAACGACAACGCCUUUGAAAACGAUUUUGACGACUUUGAUUUUGACGACGAAGCCAUAAUAGCCGAGGCCAACGCCAGCGCCCUCGCCAACGACUCGGACGGCUUCUACGGCCAGGAAUUCGGCUUCUACUCGGCGCCCAUCCCUCACCACCCUGCCCACGCCCACUCGCACGCAUCCUCCAGCGCCUCGUCCUCGGGCGUGUUCACCACCGAGAGCCUCUUCCAGUACGCCAAUGGCGGCUACUUCGGCCCCGUCGCCCUCAACCGCAGCACCUCGGGCCGCGUCGUCUCCCGCGAGCCCAACCUGACCCCGAUCACCGAGCGGUCCGAGUACUCGAACCGCAACUCCAUCAUGAGCUUCACCCUGCCGCCCGCCAUCGGCUCCGCCGCCAGCGACGGCCGCAACUCGGCCCUCGCCAUGUCCUCCCCGGGCCUCGCCCAGCUGGCCCUCAUGUCCGCCUCGGGCGACGACGCCGACGGCACCAUGAGCCUGUCCGCCCUCAUGAAGCUCCGCUCCAAGGCCUGGGGCGGCUCGCAGGCCAGCCUGGCCAGCAGCUCGCGCGAGGGCAGCCCCCGCUCCGAGCGCGCCGUCCCGCUGGACGGCUCCGCUGGUGCUGCUGCUGCGGCGGCGGCUUCGUCAUCUUCUUCCGCUGCGGCUGCGGCGGCUGCCUCGCCGUACGGCACCGUGCCGGCGCAUCUAGCCGGGCAUGUGCGCGUCAACUCGGGCUUGUCACUGUGGAGCUGCUUUGAGGACGCCGCGGAGGAGGAGGACAACGGCGACGGCGGCGGUGGUGGUGGAGCAGGCGGCGGGACCUCCCUCGCAGCGGCGCGGCCAGCCCGGCUUCCUUGCCGACGGCGCUGCCUGCGCGCCCGGGCAGCGCCGGCGGCGCGCUCGGCGGCGCCUCCCCGCCGCCCAACGGCGUCGUCCUCCCCCAGCGCCCGCACUCGCUGUUCUUGCCUCCGCAGGCGCCGCUGUCGGUGGCGUCGUCGUCGGGUCAGCAGCAGCAGCAGCAGCAGCAGCAACAGCAGCUGGGUGGCGUGGGCGGCGGCGGCGGCGGGAGUGCGUGCUCGCCCGUGUUGGAGGGCGAGGAGGCCGAGGCGGAGGAGCCGUCUGCUGGGGCUGGGGCUGGGGCGGGGCGGUUUGCGCUUGCGCCUGCGCUGCCGAUCGCGCCGGCGACAACUGCGACCGGUCUGCCUGCGUAGAUGCACAAUUAAGAAGGCAGCGGUGAGAAUGGCGUGCAUGGUGGCGCCACAGGGCUGUUCACCUGUACCGGUCGGUUUGGGUUGGGGUCGGGCAAAAGGCAAGGGCAGGAUGCUUGCUUGGACGGGGACUCAUCGAUCAUUCAUUGGAGAGUAUGAGUGUCGAUCCUCGCCCGCCUGGUGAAUGAGGGGUAGUAGUGUUUAAUGGAUGGUGUUGGCAAUGGUUUUGGGUAAAAAUGGAGUUAUAUAGUACACGGCUAGGUCUCGGUUGUUUUGGGCAUGCCGCAUAGUAACGUCUGGUAUAUAGGCUUACCGGAACCGAGGAAGAGGCCUGGCGUCGAGCGCAAGCUAGGUCGGCGGUGGUUGGAGGCAGGAGUUGGUUGGAACGCGGUCUCCCUCCUCUAGUCACGCCGCUAGAGGAGGAUGCUCAUCAUCGGCAUGCUGGUUGGGAAGUUUGAUGCUGCAA